CAACCAUGAUUCUGCAGCGUAUCUACAGCUGUUGUUAAAAAGAAACUCUCUACAUCUGCCUUCCCAUUUGUUUCUUGCAAUCAUUCAGCAAUCAAGAUACUCUCUCCACCCCCUGAAUACAAAUGACUCCUUUGUGCAUUGGAUGUCUCUGCUAGCACAAGCAGUGGGAUGAAUUAGGUUAAUAUUCAAUCUAUGUUAGUUUCUUCAGGUUUUUCUGUGAUGCAAUUAGAGGCAUUUGAAGAGUUAAAUUGUGGCUUUCUCCCAAGGAAUGGUUAAUUGGGGUCAUCUUUCUUACAAGUGAAUGAUGCUUAUAGAGUCAUGAGAAUGAAGAUAGAUUUGUUUUGAUUUCUGUGUUGAUGUAGGGGUGGAGAGUUGGUGAUGCUAUGUGAAAGGCAAGGUAAGAUAGAAAAUCAGCUGGAAGUUAAAAUUGCACUUUCUGGGAAAAAGAUGACAAGUGAGUAUGAAAGUGAGUCUCAAUAUUAGACUCUAGAGAUGGUCGAGAAGACUUUGGUACAAUCUGAAGUUUUGAACAUCGAAGAGCAUGUUUGGUGUUUAGAAGCUAGUUUAGGAAAAAAAAUUGGAUACGUAGCUUUAUCAAAUUUUGCUAAAAGCUUACCUUAAAAGUUAAUUUUGGAAUUUUUUAAAUAAAAUUUUAAAUUUAGGAGAUAAAUUUGCUUUUAAGUAAGUUUUUUGAACUUUGCCAAAGAAUCCUUUCAGCACCAAUCAACCAUCGAAGUAAAGAUUGAGGUUGAAGCAGCAAAAGCUUUCAUAAGCUGGAGAACACAAGCUCAAAUUGAGCAUCCAUAAAUCCAUUGCUUUGCCGAUGUUCAGAUAAGACGACCCCAGGAUCAAAUUCUGACAUUAUACAAGCUAGAAAAUUGUUUACUCUUGUGUAAUUCAGUUCGAACAUUUGAGAAAUGGAGUAAUACAGUGGAUCGAUGGGAUGAUUAUAGAAGACCCUCCUGUUUUCAUGUUUAGAAAAAAUAUCCUUCCAUCAACUCCGAUCCCUCACCUCUGUAGAGGAAUCACCCGAAUACCAUUAAUUGUAGAGGGUUGGGAUCAAGCCUAUAAAUCAAUGUUUACAAUGAGGCCUUUGAACAGUUGAACAACAAGUGAUACAGUCUCUGAUGAUGGAAAAAGAAUAAAACAAAUCUCAUUCAUAGCCCAACAAGCUGCCUGACUCCCUUGUAAUGUUCCAGCGAAGGAGGCAGCUGGAGACGAUCGUCAAGCAAAAAGAAAUGAAGAUUUCUUUGUCGGUUCACUUCUGAUGCAGCAGGAUCCUAGAUCUUUGAUUUCAGCACUAAGCUUUCCUAGCAGAAGUUCCUAGCAACCAUGGUGUUGAACAUAAUUGAAGUUGCUUGGUAUCAAUCGUCCACUUCAGUGUUGAAAAUAAAGCUUGGAAAGAUUGUGGUGAUGCUCCUAAAAAAGAGAAGACAAAUUCCAAAGAUGAACGAAGAAACACCCAAAACUGGGUAAACUGUUUAGAAAACAAUACUUUCUUCAGCUAGUUAAAUGGCAGGAUAUUGCAUUACAUUAUGGCCUACCAAACCCAACCUAAGAUUGUGCAUUGGUUAAUGGAAUGACCCUACAACAAUUUACGUGA